AUGGAAGAAGUGAGAAAUCAGCAGGUGAUACUGAAGGAUUACGUUAAUGGCCUCCCCAAGGAAUCAGACAUGCUCCUUAAAACUUCCUCCACAAUCCUCCUCAAGCUCCCACAAGGCUCCAAUGGCGUCCUUGUCAAGAACCUUUAUCUCUCCUGUGAUCCAUACCUGUGUUGUCUGAUGAGCAAAAGUCAACCCAUAGCAGGACUAGGAGUGGCUAAAGUGGUGGAUUCUGGGCAUUCAAACUUGAAGAAAGGUGACCUAGUUUGGGGAUGGACUGGAUGGGAAGAAUACACCAUUAUCACUGCUCCUGACGCCCUAUUCAAGAUUCAACAUACGGAUGUCCCUCUUUCCUAUUAUAUAGGAAUCCUUGGUAUGCAUGGUAUGACUGCGUAUUAUGGUUUCUAUGAGAUUUGUGCUCCAAAGAAAGGAGAGUAUGUCUUUGUUUCCGCAGCUUCUGGGGCAGUCGGUCAGCUUGUCGGGCAGUUUGCGAAGCUGACCGGAUGCUAUGCUGUUGGGACUGCUGGAACUAAUGAAAAGGUUGAGCUAUUGAAGAAUAAAUUUGGAUUUGAUGAGGCUUUUAACUACAAGGAAGAGCAAGAUCUUGAUGAAGCUCUUAAAAGAUACUUUCCAGAAGGAAUUGAUAUAUAUUUUGAGAAUGUUGGUGGAAAGAUGUUGGAGGCAGUGCUUUUAAACAUGAAAACAAAUGGACGCGUUUCGGUUUGUGGAAUGAUCUCACAAUACAACCUCAAUGAAGAGGAGGGUAUGAGGAAUUUAUCACACAUAAUAAUGAAACGACUUCACAUGAAAGGAUUUAUUGUAGGUGAUCAUAUUAAUUUGUAUCCAAAGUACAUGGAAAUGGCUAUACCAUUGAUAAAUGAAGGGAAGAUAUGUUACAUUGAAGAUAUUGCAGAAGGGCUUGAGAGUGCACCUGCGGCUUUGUUAGGUCUUUUUUCAGGCAAAAAUGUUGGCAAGCAAGUUGUGGUUGUGGCCCAUGAAUGAGUAGAUAUGGUUGGGGUUUAGCUUUAACUGCUAUGCAUAUGAGAGUGUUAUUAUUAUGAAGAGUAAAUUACAGUUUUAGUCCUUGUGGUUUGAUUAGAUUUGUUCUUUCAGUCUAAUCUUUGAAAAUUUGACAAGAUGCAUCCCUUUG